AUGAAUAUGAUGUCAGGUUUUGUUCCUGUCUCGUCUUCUAAUUCUCCUCGUGUGUAUCCUUCUAGUGGUUCUGGUGGUUCUGGUUCGUGGGUUGGACACAAAAGAGGUCGUGAAGAUGCAGUUGUUGGUUCUUCUUCUCAUCAAGAUAUCACCACGGUUCAUAGAAAUAUUGCUGAUUUCAUAUUACCUACUUCACAUGAAAACUCACCGUCAGUGACAGAAACAACUGCAACUGCAACUACACCUACACCUUCAAGUACAAGCAAUGCAACGCAGUCUAGUGAAGCAGCUUCAACAAAUGAAGAAGAAACCGGAGAGAUAAGAAGAAGAUACAGAGGAGUUCGACAGAGACCAUGGGGAAAAUGGGCAGCAGAAAUUCGGGAUCCACACAAAGCAGCAAGAGUAUGGCUCGGAACAUUCGACACUGCAGAAGCUGCAGCAAGAGCUUACGAUGAAGCUGCAUUAAGAUUCAGAGGAAACAGAGCCAAACUCAACUUCCCUGAAAAUGUUACAGCAACUCAACAACGAACUUUUCCGGUGAAUACUUCGUCUUCAAGCCUAUCUAUUUCUCCUGCACAACCGCAAAUGCAGCCCCAACAACCACCACCGUUUGUUCAAUUUCAAGACUCGUCUGAGUUGUUAAGAGACUAUUAUCAGUAUUCUCAGAUUCUGAAAGGUUCUGGUGAUCUUCAAGGACUUGAGCAAUGGUUCUACGAACCACAAAUGGCCAUGAUUCAUCCAUCUUCUACGAUGUUAUCGCCGUCCCCGUCCCUUUCUUUGUCGUCUUCUUCAUCUUCAGCUACAUUUUCACCUUCCAGUCAAUUAUCCUCUGCUUCACUUCCUCUGUUUCCUGGUCAGCAAAUGGAGUUUUUCCGGCAGCCGGAAGAUCACUCUCGUAGCGGUGGUACCUUCCAUUUACCACCUUCAACAUGGUCAGAUACUGGUGGCUAUCGUCCUCCUCCACCGCCACCUUCUUCUGGUUGA